AUGAGCCGGAACCAAUCUAUCUGGUGUCCGUCAGGCGGAGAAUGGUACGGUUGUUCAACAGGGACGUUCUUCGCCGGUUGCUGCGCAGUCAAUCCAUGUAGCGUUACAUGUCCGCAACAACAUCUCUAUCCUGUCCAUUUCGAUGCAGCGAUCUUUGGCACUUUCCCAGACCUCUCCUGUGGAUCGAGUGCCAAUUUCUAUACAUGCUCCGGUGAAAAAACCUUCUUUGGGUGCUGCAAAAGCAACCCCUGUGCUUCAGACGAUUGCCCUCAUGGCGGUUUGGCCCCUGCAUUCAUGGAACGACCGGAGCAAAUUGAGCUCUUCGGAGAUCCAGCAAUUAACAACAUAGGCGUUGCGCCAAUCACCACCUCGUCGGUAGCGCUCGCCCGCGAACCCGCAACGACAUCCAUCCCGGUAUAUGACGGUUUCGGAUCCGGCACUUCGACACGGAUCAUAUCGCCUAGCGUCUCCAUAACAGCUAUGGUGUCCUUGUGUGUUUUCAUUGCCAUUUGGCUUGGUUGGAGAAAGUUGUCUUCUCGUGAUGGGCACAUCUAUGCGUCGGUAGAGCCUACACAAUUAUCUAUGGAUGCUAUAGAUCCGGUGCAACCCGAUACUAGUAUUUCAUCCAUCAACACGUCUGUGGCUCCAGAGAAGGAUGAUCUUCAACGACUAAGCUCAGCGUCUCUACUUGCUCUUCUUACAAGCUCCCUAGCUGUGCUCGCCAUGUGCUCCUUCUUGUUAUUCUUAUGGUUUGGCGAUAGCCGGAACAAAACUUGGUCCCAUAUAAUGGUUCAAGGUUGGGCUACGCGAUGUGUAGCCGUGACAGCCCUCGUGCUAAGGACGUCUGUGGACAUACAGGCUACCGUCGCUUGCGCUAUCCUUGCUUCCCUGCUGUUGGAAUCCAAAUCUGGAAUACAUGUGUUUCACACAGCCAGAAUAUCAGCCAUGCGGACUGGUAGUACGAGCCCUUGGGCAUUUAUUCGUUGCGUAUUGGAAGAGUUCUGGAGAUCAACGACACAAUCCCGACACAAUUAUCAUGUGUAUGCCAUGGCAAUUUGUUUGUUGAUUACGACCACUGUUGUUCAGUUCUCUUCAACUCUAUUACUGUCAGAUCUCAAGCAAGGUCCGCUAAUUGGUGCUGUCACUCCUGCCGAGGUACUCCCUAGCUUAUCUUAUCCCGUCAGAGGUAUAGAGAGGAUAGCUCGUGACUCAGCAUGGACUACGAAUCCGCCCAACUAUGCAACAUUCGGCGAGUAUCACGAGCUGCCUGAAGAGCCUACAGAUGGGGUCGUUGAUACCGGAAUGUUGUUGCGGGCCUUUCUGCCAUAUGCAGCCACCGAGUUGCGUCAGGCCUUAGCAACGUACACGGGAAACGCGUUGACAAUUGAUGCCAGAGUUACUUGCCAAGCACCCUUAAUCACAGAAUUUGACGGUCAAGGACUUAAUGGACAGAUCAAAGGCGUAGUAUCACCUUCCAAAAACGCAACAGGAUUGCAGUCCAUCCAACCGACGCCUUUCGACUGUACAGUAGCUGGGCAGGAUGAAACUACGAUAUGCCAGCUAGGUCUAUCCGACAAUGUUUUCAUGGGCUCUUUCAAAAGUCAAUUUGAAAACUCUAACGCAUUUGGAACCACAUUUCUCGUCAUUAAUGGCUCAAGGAGUAACGGCGAAGAAGAAAUGUGGCGGACUUUUUCUUUUCCAAAGACGAACAAAACUGUAGAACCUUUCAUCUCCCUUACGCUGUGUUUUGCACCAUGGGAUGCUGCGAUUCUUAAUGUUGAGAUUCACAGUAAAGUCAAUAGGACCGAACCGAUGCUCCGAUACUGGAAAGGCUUCAAGCCGUCAGAGGUGCUGGCCCACUUGAUACCUGCGACGAAAAAUCCAAGGCGACAAAUCAUGGAAUUGGAAAAGCCUCACAGCUUUUUAGGAGAUUUACCACCUCCAUAUCGACGUCCGGUCGUACAAAGCGACAUGGGCGGCAGCUCGGCAGCAGUUAAGGGAACGAAUGUACCGUUGCCGGGGAACUGGUCAGUCUUUCUCACGGGUAGACCUGUAGUAACGCACCUUCGUAACUUUGAGUCGCUUCCCACACAAAUCAUUUCAGCAGAUCCUGCUCUUGCUGCCAUCUUUACCGGCGCAAUUGAAGCUGGCUUCUCAGUCGAGUGGGCGCUGUCUUCUCUCAUCACUGUCCUUUCCAUGACCAACUACUACAGUCAACAGGCUGCAUUUGACCGUGUCGAUACUGUCGAUGUUUCUUUCUUCGAAAACGUUCUAUAUCCGCGCAGUCAUGUCGGUCUCACCAUCAUCAUGUGGACCCUUUUUACGCAUUUUGCUCUUCUAGCAUUGCUGGUCGUCUUGUUUAUUACAAAAACCAAGUUGACAAUCGUUGGAAAUGUCUGGUUCGCAUUUGCGCAGGUUGCUGAAUCGCAGGGUGUUAAGGAUUAUAUCGCUAGGGCAAGCCUAACAGAGGACUCUACGAUGUUGAAUGAGGUGCACAACAGUGAGAAGACAAACGUCCGGGCUAGGCUUACACGACGUGGGAACGAUGCUGAGAUUGUAGUAGAAUAG